UGGGCAUACAUAACCGCAGGGGUGGACUGACAACUCAUGGGGCCCCCGGGCAGUAGGGGAUCAUGGGGCCCCUGUGUCCUUGCCCACACUCAAAAAAGCCCAUAAAAAAAGGUACCAGGGGCAUCUCAUGGGGCCCCCUACUGACCCCGGGCCCUCGGGCAGUGCCCGAGUGUUUGAAUGGUCAGUCCGCCCCUGUUGAGGACAUCAUGAUGUGUGCAUUUGGAUUUAGAAGCAGAUAAGGCUCUAUGGACACAUUGACAGGUCUGGUCAAGCA